AUAAGCAUCAUCCGGCGUUGUCGACUGCUCUAUCAAUUGAAAUUACAAAAUUUCCGACUGUUUUUCCAAACGCUGUUGUCUCUCGAUUUAACUUUCGAAGAGCGAAUUUUCCGACUUUAUAUGAUGACAUUGCUCUCAUGGAUUGGUCAUUUUUAGAAGAUGUAAACGACGUGGACGAAAUGUUGGAUUUGUUUUAUACUUCUCUUUAUAAUUUAAUAGAGAAAUCGGUGCCUUGCACUCAACAGAAGCAAAACAAUUAUCCUCAGUGGUUCUCUAAGGAAAUAAUUAAAAACCUUAAAACUAAAGAGUACUAUAGACACAAGUACAGAACUACCAAACAAACGUUCUAUCUCGAUCACUUCAUUAGAAUGAGAUCACUAGUAAAAGAACAAAUCGACGCUGCUUACAAUUCCUUUUGGCAACAUGCCUCUGAUAAUUUAAAGCACGAUCCUAGUGAUUUCUGGAAUUUCGUUCGACUAAAGCAAGGUACUAGCAGAAUACCGUCGAUCGUUAGAGAUGAUGUAGAUGAAUAUACUAUUCCGAUUGAUAUAGUCAAUGCUUUCGAUUCCUAUUUUUCAUCUGUUUAUUCUGACAAUUCCAGGGAUUUUACUGACGCAGUUCCCACGUUGCCAAUGUUUAAUAUCCAUCAGGUAACCGAGGAGGAGAUAAUUGCUGUAAUGAGGGGUUUUAGCUCCAAACUCACAGCGGGUGAAGACCAAAUACCUAGUUUUCUGAGAUGGAAGUCAGCUAGAAUCACGCCCGUAUUUAAGAAAGGUGACAAGUCCUUGGUAACCAACUACAGACCAAUUGCUAUUCUAUCUAAUUUUGCAAAGUACGUCGCAGAGGUAAUGGAUGUUGGUGGACAAGUCGACGUAGUUUAUACCAAUUUUGAGAAGGCCUUUGAUCGCAUUGAUCACACAAACUCCGAUUCCUAA